UAGUCAUUUCAACAAUAGAAUGAAAAUUGAGAAAAAAAAUAAAUACUGAUUACAUUUCCUAUGUCCAUUCCUAACCAUUACCCCCGACCAAACACAACCUAAAAGAGUGCGAAGUGCAGGAAUUUAAAAACCGAACUUUUACAAGUGAUUUUUGGUUUUCUUCGUUGGAGCAAACUGGAAGAAGAUCAGAAGAGCAAGCCCUAAGAAGAAGAAGAAGAAGAAGUUGGAGCAAACUGGAAGAAGAUCAGAAGAGCAAGGAAUUGGGUAAUGGAAAGAAGUCUAGGGUUUUGAAGAUUCGAUGAGACAAAGUGAAGAAGAAGAAGAAGAAGAAUGAGCAGGCUGUCGAUAAGGCCUCGGCCAUUGGACAUUCACAAGAAGCUUCCGAUUGUGAAGUCCGUCAAGGAUUUCGAGGACGACGACGCCCCAACUUCGUCUUCCACCCGCAAUUCUCAGUUCCUCCGUCACGCCGCCAUCGCUGACGACAAUGAAUCCCACCACAACCUCCAGCCUUCCUCCAAGCCAAUCCCCACUCCUCAGUUCGUCGUCGUCGACACCUACGAGAGAGACUACUCCCGCACCUUCUCUCAGCCCACUUCCUACUUGCGUGCCCGCGGAGCUCGGGCGGAGUUGGGAGAGUUUAUCGAGUACGACCUUGACAAUGAAGACGAGGAUUGGCUUGAGGAAUUCAACAGAGACCGCAAGAUUCUUGCACCCGAUAGGUUCGAGGGCCUUCUUUUCAAGUUGGAAGUUUUGGAUCAUAAGGCACGAGAAAGGGCUGGAGUAAUAACGCCUACUCUUGGUUUGCCAAUCCCUGUUCUUCUGCAGCUCGAUUUUGCUAUGGAGGCUCUACAAGCUCAAGCUCAGAACAUAAGAUAUGCUGUUAUCCAGUCUGCUUAUAAUUAUUGGAAAGAGAAGCGUGAACGGUGGCAAAAGCCUAUUCUACGGCGUUUGCAGCCUCCUCCACCUGUUAAUGACACCAAUCCGUACAAUGUCUUUAGGCCAAGGGAGAAGGCUCAUAGACUACACACAAGAAGGAUGCAAAGAAGGGAGAACAAUGUGCAAUCAUUUGAAAAGCUUCGCCAGGUUAGGCGUAACCUGGACCAAGCAAAGACGUUGCUUGAAGCCUUAAUUAAGAGAGAAGAGAAAAAGAGAGAAGUCAUGGAAGCUGAAGUUAGUCUUCAAAGGAUCCAAAUGAAAUAUAAGCAUGAAACGGAGCUUAUGGAAGAUGGCUUGGCCCUUUCUGGAUUCCCACCAUCAACUUGCAAAUUUGGUUCGAGUGAGGAAGAAUUUGUAGAUUCAGAUGACAUUGCAAUUGCGAACAGCCGUCCUGGUACACGGCCUUCUGCAAUCCCAAAUCAGCCCUUGGUGGAACCCAACUUAGUUUUGGUACCCACUGGACAUGUGAAGCAAGAGUUUAGGCGGCGUCAAGUGCCACAAGGAUGGCUUCAUAAAAUGGAUCCCCUUGAACCAGUAUUGUUGUUCACGAGACCUCUAGUUCCAGAAAAGCUGGCAGCUGCUGGCAUCUCAUUACCCCCAGAGCCUUCAACAAAAGAUGAAGUUUCUCCACAACCAUGUAAAUUUCGCGGAAGAAUUGGCCGCGGGGGUCGAUUAAUCUUCGAUAGAUGGAACCCUUUGAUGCACACACCUAUCGACUACGGCAAUUCCUUUUACAUACCUCCUAAGGCCAGGGCUGCAACAUAUAAUUGAUUUGCAGUCAUUCUGCUUUUGCUUGUUCUCCAUCUAUUGCAGGCAAAAACCGAUGAAAAUAGGUCCAUACUUUAUUUCUGCGAUCUGAUUGCAGGCGGACCUGCUGGUAUGGUGGGGUUGGAUUUUUUGGGGGGACUGACUUGGAUAAAUGUAAAGCAUGGAAGGUGAAUCUUUCUCGGCAUUUUGGCUCCAAAUAAAGAACAGGGCUAUUUUUGUAUUUGUAGAAGGGCCGGGUGGUGGCUGUUCCUAUUAAUUUUUGUUUAGUGUAUCCGUCUGAAUGUCCUUUUUUUGCCAUAUUUGUUUCAUCUCUGUCUCCUCUCUUGUUGCUGUAUUAUAGUUGUCAUUUAAUCUUCGUUUAAAUCUCAUAAUGGAAGAAAUUUAUUAUGAGAGAAUCCAAGCAGGAA